UGCUUAUGUACAUAACCAGCCUGGAAUUUGUCCACACAAAAGCAUUGGUAACAAAGAAGGGUGUCAGGUGUCAAUAAGUGGUGAUCGAUAGACCAGAACCAUUCAUUGAUUGUACAAUGAUAUGAUGUUAUUAGCAUACUAAUUUUGUCACUAUCUACUGCGAACGUGUUACUCACGAUAGAUAUGUGCCGUAUCAGUAGUCCAAGGAUAUCCUUUCUGAUUACUGAUUAGAUUUCUGGAAUUUUAGCAGAAACAUCAUACAAUAUUGAGUCUCAUUAGCAGAUUGGCGAUUGCAUGUAUUAAAAAAUAGCUAGAUUCCGAAUAAAUGUCACACAGCAAAUCGUCAUCAGCACAAAAGUGUUUCACGAAUCUUGCCAUUUUUAUAUUUCUUCUAAAUUUCUUUGUUACUGGCACGAUGGCAUCCGUAAUCAGCAAAACGCUCGAAGCCAGUCUGAAGAACGGAGGCACGGCAUCCGCUGUGGUAGUUAUGGCCCGUGAAACGCAAGAAGUCUUGUCAAAAAUAGAGACACAACAAUUCGCCAAUCGAGACGCCCGUGCGGACGCUGUGACUUCGGGACUUCAAGAACUGGCAAAAGAUUCACAGAAGCAUUUGAAAGAGUUUUUGGACUCUCAAACACCCCCCGUCCAGUAUCAGAGUAUGUGGAUCAGCAACACGCUCAUCAUUAAAAACGCUACGUUGGACCUUCUCCAAAAAUUGGAAAAAUUGGGAGGAAUUAAGGAAAUCAGGGAGGAGCAUACGGCCCACCUUUUGGAGAACUAAUAAAAAUAUUUUAUUUAUUCGAUCCCUAAAAAAUUCUAUCCUUGUGCUUAAAUAAAAUUUAUAUCAUUGACUUA